AUGGCUGUAUGUGAUUGGAAUAUGUGUUUCACUUUUGUAUUAGCCGGUUGGGAAGGUACUGCCCAUGAUGCACGUGUUUUUGACCAAGCUCUCACAAAUGUGAACCUUAAUUUUCCACACCCUCCUCCUGGUAAGUAUUAUUUGGUAGAUUCUGGCUAUCCAACACCAAUAGGAUACAUUGGUCCCUACAGAUGUGAACGUUAUCACCUUCCUGAUUUUAGGCGUUCUAACGGGUUCGCAAAUAAUAAUGAAGUAUUUAAUUAUUAUCACUCAAGUUUAAGGUGCACAAUAGAAAGAACUUUUGGAGUAUGGAAGAACAGAUUUGCAAUUUUGCGUUGUAUGCCCAAGUUCAAAUUUCAGACGCAGGUUCAAAUAGUCGUCGCAACAAUGACCAUUCACAACUUUAUUAGAAGGAAUGCAGAAAUUGAUGUUGAUUUUAAUCUUUAUGAAGAUGAAAAUACAACCAUUCACCAUGAUGAUUACCAUAUAUCGCCUAACUUAGAUCAAUCACAAGUUUUAAAUGUCGCUUCAUCAUUAGAGAUGGAUCACGUUCGCGACUCAAUUCGCAAUAAAAUUAUAGAGUACAAGUUAAAAACUUAA